GUUUUUCUAUGGAAGAAGAAAACUUAAGGAUACCUAGUGGUAAUUGUUUUCCGAUGCAUUAGGAAACGUCACUUCUUUUACUUACAUGCUGGAAAAUCAACACUUGUGUAAUAAAUCGAAUGAGGAACGAGCACCUUUAACAUCAAAAUGUUCCUGGUUGAUUGGAUGACAGGUGUUCUCAAUUUUUUGGGAUUAUGGAAAAAAAGUGGGAAACUUUUGUUUCUGGGGCUUGAUAAUGCUGGAAAAACUACACUUCUUCACAUGCUAAAAGAUGAUCGCAUGGCCCAGCAUGUGCCAACACUACAUCCCACAUCUGAAGAGCUAUCUAUAGGCAACAUGAGGUUCACAACUUUUGAUUUAGGUGGACAUCAUCAAGCUCGAAAAGUCUGGAAAAGUUAUUUUCCUGCUGUGGAUGCUAUUGUUUUUCUAGUUGAUGCUUGUGACAGAGAACGUUUUCCAGAAUCAAAAGUGGAAUUAAAUAGUUUAUUAACAGAUGAACAACUUGCUAACUGUCCAGUUGUUAUAUUGGGCAACAAGAUAGAUAAACCAGGAGCAGCAAGUGAAGAUGAGUUGAGAGCUUAUUUCAAUUUGUAUGGGCAAACUACUGGAAAGAGCAAAAUUCCCAGAGCUGAGCUGCCAGGCCGUCCAUUAGAGCUAUUUAUGUGCAGUGUACUUAAGAAACAAGGCUAUGGUGAAGCAUUUCGUUGGUUGGCAGAAUACAUUUAGAAAUUACUUAUUUUUUUGUACAAAUAUGAAUCAAUAUUCUGCAGACAACGACAUUUUGUGCAUGCUUUACAGAAAGAAUUUUUAUUUUUUAUUCCCCCUCCCCAUUGAUGAUAAAAUUUUGUAUGAAUUCUCAAAUGCUUUUUACAAGGCAAACAUUGCAUUUACUGAGAACUACCAUUCCAUCUACAUUUCUAUCUAAAACAACUAUACAUUGUUAAUUUAUAUCAUAUGUACUAGAUGAAAUGUUCAUAUUUAUUUCUGUUGAAUAUCAAUAUUUGAAUAGUUUCCUACUGUAACUUCCAGAAAAGUUUUAUUGUAUAAAUUUUUUUUAUUUAUUUAUGCAGUUGGGAUCUGUCUUGCUUUCACAAUUGUUUUGUUAUCCUUGCAAAUAAAAUAUUCUGAAACUGAAUUUUUCAAU